AUGUUGAUAUUUCUUCCUUCCUCGCCUAUUGAAGGACUACAUGACGCAUUUGCUGUCAUUGCUGCUUCUCCACUGAAAAUAGAUCUAUCAUGUGUGUUGGAGCAUGUGAUUGCAGAGUUGACUGCAUUCUUAAGGAAGACUAAUCGGCCUCUAAGACGGGCAACAUUGGGGACCCGGAAUUCCCUAAUUGUUGCUUACGGAGAUAAAAUUGGCUCAUCUGCUUAUGAAGUUAUUAUUGUACAACUUGCCACACUGAUAAGUGAUUCGGACUUGCAUAUGACGGCCCUCGCCCUGGAACUCUGCUGCACCUUGAUGGCAGACAGGUCAAGCCCGGUUGGUGGUUUGGCUGUUAGAAACAAACUUCUUCCGCAAGCACUAACGUUAAUUAAGAGCUCAUUGCUUCCGGGGCAAGCCCUUUUGAAACUUUGCUUGAGAACAUUCUUUGUUGGAUCUGUGCAAAACUUUUUUGCUUCCUUGGUGUAUUCCGCAAACACAAGUUUUGAUACCUUACUAGACUCUCUGCUAUCAAGUGCCAAACCAUCUCCCCAGUCAGGUGGGGUUGCAAAACAAGCUUUGUACUCAAUAGCUCAAUGUGUGGCUGUCCUUUGCCUUGCUGCUGGUGAUCAGCAAUGUUCAUCUACCUUGAACAUGCUAACUGAAAUUCUCAAAGAUGACAGCAGUACAAAUUCAGCUAAGCAGCACCUUGCAUUGCUGUGUCUCGGGGAGAUUGGAAGGAGGAAAGAUCUAAGCUCCCAUGACCAUAUAGAGAAUAUUGUCAUUGAGUCCUUUCAAUCUCCUUUUGAAGACAUCAAAUCUGCAGCCUCCUACGCUGUUGGCAAUAUUGCUGUUGGUAACUUGCUCAAGUAUUUGCAUUUCAUUUUGGACCAGAUUGACAAUCAACAGAAAAAACAGUAUCUCUUGCAUCAUUCUCUGAAGGAGGUCAUAGUAAGGUAG